CGUUUCUGUCUCAUUUUCUUCUUUACUCUUCCCAUCGUUAACACUUGGUCUGUCCAUUAACAACUGCGGCUAAAUCCCAUACCAACAGGAUCCGAUGAGCGACAACAACAGCAGCAACGAAAAUAGCAACAGCACUGCAGAGCAGACAGUUGACCCAGUCCACCAGCUCUUGCAAAGCAAUGGUGGUAACAGUGUUCCAGGACAGGCUUUGACAGCCGAACAAAGAAAUGAACGUCGUGAAGCGCUUUUGAAGCGUCAACGGGAGUCGAGGGAAAAAGCUCAGCAGAUUUCUCAGGCUGCGAGAGCUAAUGCUGCCACUGGAAAUGGAAAUGCAUCCAUUUCAACCAGUGGUGCAGCCUCAGUGGCUACAGCAUCUACACCUGCCAAUGCACCAGCACCGGCACCAGUACCAGCAGCCAUCCCGCCAGCCAUUUCAGCGCCUGUCCCUGAAGCGCCUGUACGGGAAAACAUGAUCCAACAGGCUGUUGCUUUCCUAUCUUCUCCGAAUGUUCAGUCAGCGGAAGAAUCCAAGAAGAUUCAAUUUUUGGAGAAAAAGGGUUUGACGGCCAAAGAGAUCGAGCUUGCUAAAGCCCGAGUUGCCGCUGGAAAGACCACUGCUACUACCACGGCCAACGUCGCUCCUCAUUCACAGCAACAGCAACAGUCCUCGUAUCAGCCGUCAUCUGCACCCGCAUCACCACCAAGCAGCCUAACCCCGCCUCCAGUCCCACCUCGUACCUAUACCACAGCACCAAUGCAUCCUCAACCCGUUCUCAUCCCAUCCCAACAAGUUGCGCCUGUUGAUCCAAAUGCCUUCAAGAGAAAGCUAGUCAUUGCGAUGAUUCUCUCUGGAGGUAUUACUGUUUUGGCGACUGUCCUUAUUCAGAAAUUGUUGUAUCCCAUGGUUCGUGGUAUCACGAAUGCACGCCAAAAGCUUGCGAUCUCACAGACAGAAUUACUCAGCAAACUUAAGGAGAAAUUGCAGGGAUACAAGGGUUACUUACUAGGACUUCAACUGGGAAGCAAUCGCUUUACGCCUAAUGUUAAGAAGAUCAAAGACACCAAGACCACUGUGGAAGACGAGGAGCACGAGGUUGAAUCAAAGGAUGGUGAUAAGAGGGUUACUACCACUAGCGUUACUACUACAACAACAUUAAAAGCAGCAGCAAUACCAUCGACCGUUAAACAGCUUGAUACGUUCUCACAGAAAUUGGAGGCGCACGCUAAUAGCCUAAACUUUGAGCAAUUGAAGGCAACGCGGGCCGUGACUCAAGACUUGGCAGAGUAUAUCACCAAGGAGACAUAUGCACUGACAAGCUCCAUUGCUUACCCCACCUCACGGUACUACGGCUAUAACACCGCAGGCGCAGCAGCCUCUGGAAAGGGCGGUUUAUCAGACCCUACAUCACCCGAGUCUGCACUGAAGAGUGAGAUCCGUUCCUUGAAGGGCUUGCUUCUAAACUGGAGAAAUUUUCCUACAGCAAAAGAAACAGGAACUGGCGUGGUACAGGGAGCAAAUGGAGUUAAUACAUUGCCCAACCUCGUCCAACAGCAAUAAACUGGGGGAUGCACCGUUAGAUAAAAAAAAAAAUGUAUAGACUAGGUAUUAUUUACUAUAAGUAAAAAGAGCAUG